AUGGAGGUGGCUCUGGUAGACUUCGAGAGCCUGGAUGACAUCAACAGCAGCCUGGAGGAAGAGCUGGACCACUAUGUUGAUGAGACCACAGCUCUCACUGUUGACAUGCCGCCAGAGCACGACAGCCCUGAAGGUAACAACCACCUCCGUGCCCAGCAGCUCACCUCCAUACCCUCUCCGCACAGUCCCAUGCCCUCCUGCAUCUGGGAGUCUUCCUCGUGUCCGCUGAACCCACAGACUCAGAUGCUGGGUGUGCCUUGCUCACCAUCGAUGCCAGCGUCAGGUCAACACGGGCGCACCAGCUGUGCCAGUAUGAUCUCCAACUGGAAGUUGCUACUAAGCAGCGAAGGUACCAAGGAGAGUGAGAUGAUCUUUAGCCGACUUGCUAAGGAGUGCUGCGAGGACCUUUUUGUAGACAAGCGUGGGCUGGAUGACGGCGACCAGAAAGUCAUCAUCAACAUUGCCGGCCUUCGCUUUGAGACGCAGCUGAAAACACUGGACCAGUUUCCCGAGACGCUCCUGGGAGACCCUCUGAAGAGGAUGGACUACUUUGACCCGAUGAGGAAUGAGUACUUCUUUGAUCGGAACCGGCCCAGCUUUGAUGGGAUCUUGUAUUACUAUCAGUCAGGUGGGAAGAUCAGACGUCCGGCUAAUGUUCCUUUGGAUGUUUUUGCAGAUGAAAUUUUGUUCUACGAGCUGGGGAACGAGGCCAUGGAGCAGUUCAGAGAAGACGAAGGCUUCAUAAAGGAUGUGGAGAUCCCACUACCCACCAAUGAAGUGUACCGGCAGUUCUGGUUGCUGUUUGAGUAUCCGGAGAGCUCCAAUGCAGCGCGUGCUGUAGCGCUGGUGUCUGUUUUUGUGAUUGUCAUCUCAAUCAUCAUCUUCUGCAUGGAAACCCUGCCUGAGUUCAGGGAAGAAAUGGACCCAAUCAGGCCCACCGUGGUUCAGCCUUUUAACCAGUCCAGAAGUUUCAGUUCUCUGGCGCCUCCCACCUCGAAGCCCACUACCUUCUUGGAUCCCUUCUUCAUCAUUGAGACUGCAUGUAUCGUGUGGUUCUUUUUCGAGCUGUGCGUGCGAUUUUUGGUCUGUCCCAGCAAAAAAGAGUUCUUCCAUAACCUCAUGAACAUCAUUGACAUUGUGUCCAUCAUCCCCUACUUUGUCACUGUCGUUACUGAAGUGGUGACGACGCCACAAGAAAACUCAGGCCAAAACAUGUCUCUUGCCAUUCUGCGUAUCAUCCGUCUGGUCAGGGUUUUUCGUAUCUUCAAACUCUCACGACACUCCAAGGGGCUGCAGAUCUUGGGUCAGACUCUGAAGGCCAGCAUGCGUGAGCUGGGCCUGCUCAUCUUCUUCCUCUUCAUUGGAGUCAUCCUCUUCUCCAGUGCCAUCUACUUCGCAGAGGUGGAUGAACCCAACACGCAGUUCGUCAGCAUACCCGACGGCUUCUGGUGGGCGGUCGUCACAAUGACCACGGUGGGUUACGGGGACAUGUGUCCAAUCACUGUGGGGGGUAAGAUGGUGGGCACUUUGUGCGCCAUCGCCGGUGUGCUGACCAUAGCAUUGCCGGUGCCCGUUAUUGUCUCCAACUUCAACUACUUCUACCACAGAGAAACGGAGGCGGAGGACAAGUUGCCUUUGGCCGAUGCGGUCGAGCAAGCUAUGAGGGCCGACACAAGAACAAAACAGGGUAGCGACGCCUCGCUCAAUAAGACCAAUGGCAUCUGGCAAAGUGACAAAGGUAAUUAA